AUGGAGAAGCCACCGCUGAAAGCAGCGAAGGGUAACCAGCUCCUCAAGUUCUUGCCGAGGGCCACCUCCUUCUCCGUCCCCAACCUGGCCUACAGCCCUGGCAGGGAGAAGAUUCACACGCGCAGGGGCUUCUCCGGCCCGAUAGUGCCCAUGUUCCCGGCGGAAGCGGGAAGAAAGCCCCCCGGCCGGGACUACGAGACUCCCGAGCCCUCGUCCCCGAAGGUCUCCUGCAUCGGUCAGAUCAAACACAAGAAGAAGAUUUGCAGGUUGAAGAGGUCCCCCUCGUCGCGGAAGGACCAGAAGCCGCGGUUCAGUAUUAGCAGGAUAUUCCGAAUCAAGUCAAGAUCGGGCGGGCGCAGCGACGGUGCCGGGCCGACGCCGAAAGCCACGAAGCCUCCGCUAGCACCGAACAGGGCGCCGCCGCCGCCGCUGGGCCAGAUGAGGAGAUUCGCAAGCGGUCGCGACUCGUUGGGCAAUUUCGACUGGAGAUCACAACGAGUGGCGACGGACGAGACGGCGGAGGACCCCUGGGACGACUACACGUCCGGCCGAGAGAGCGACGACGACGACGACGACGACGGGGCGAAGAUUCCCCACUCCGCUCCCAUGGCGGUGGGCGGCGCCGCUGCCGCCUUGGAGCCGAGGAAGGAGACGACCCUCUGGAGAAAGAGGACCAUGACUCCACUCAGACCUCUGAAAAUCGGGUGA